AUGGCGUCAGCUCCUGAUUACAGCUCCUACAGCCAAUCCGGUUCCCAGCCGGGGUAUGCUUCUUAUGCCGCUCCGGCGUCACAAGCUUAUGGACAAUCUGCCCAGCAGAGCUAUGGUCAGCAAAGUUAUGGAUCAUAUGCUCAGCCCGGUGCCGCUGCUACCGCUGCUGCUGAUAACACCUACGCCCAGGCUACACCAGCUGCUGGAAGUUACUCUCAGCAACAGCCCCCACAGCAAUAUAGCUCCUCCUAUGGCCAGCCAGCACAAGCUGGCUAUCCCGCUGCCCAAACGGCCGCUCACGGUUACACUCAGUCAUCCCAGGCUUAUGGCGCACAGGCUUACGACGGUGCACCCGCUGCCGCCGCGGCUGCUGCCGCUCCGGCUGCAUCCCAGUCUUAUGGGUCUCAACCAGGGUAUACUGCUCAGUCCGCUUAUCCUGCUUAUGGUGGACAGCCAGCUCCUGCUGCACCGCAGAGUUACAGUGCUAACGGCCAGCCUACUGGCUACAACCAAAGCGGCUACUCCCAACAGGCGGGGUAUGGCCAGCAGCAGUCUGGUUAUCAGGCCCAGCAGAGCAGCUAUAGCCAACCACAGGGUGGGUACCAACAAGCCCAGCAGUCGCAGCCACCCCCUGCUUACCCUCCCCAGGCUGCCGGUUCCUACGGGCAGCCGCCAAGCGGCCAGUAUGGCCAGCAAGGUGGACCGCCCAGCUAUCAGUCCAACCAUUACAAUAAUUACAGACAGGAUGGUUCUGGCUACUCGGAACCGUCAAGGUUUUCAGAGGGCAGGGGCCGUGACGGUUUUGACAGAGGAGGAAUGAUGCAUCGUGGCCGUGGCAUGGGUCGUGGCAUGGGCAGCGCUGGAGACAGAGGUGGCUUCAGUAAGCCUGGUGGACACAUGGGCGGCGAGGAACGCGAGAUGGGACGACCUGAAGAGCAAGAUGACACCGAGAACUGUGCUAUCUACAUCACCGGCUUGACCGAGAAGGCUAACAUUGACGAAAUGGCCGAAUUCUUUAAAAGCGUCGGCUCAAUUCGAUUCAAUCGCAGGCUCGGACAGCUCGCCAUAAACAUCUACACUGACAAGGAUUCAGGAAAGCCCAAAGGAGAUGCCACCCUCUCCUAUGAGGAGGCUGCCUUUGCAAAGGCUGCUGUGGAGCAGUUUGACGGCAAGGAAUUUCAAGGCCGGAGACUCAAGGUGUCCAUGGCACGCCGUAAAACCCAGAUGCCCAUGCGCGAUGGCAUGAUGGGCCGUGGAGGUAUGAUGGGCCGCGGAGGAGAUCGUGGUGGGUUCAUGCCCCGAGGUGGACCACGUGGCAUGGGCCGUGGCGGACCCACAGGGCCCAACGCACAACAGAGGGCCGGGGACUGGGAAUGUCCUAACCCGGGUUGUGGCAACCAAAACUUUGCCUGGAGGAUGGAGUGCAACCAGUGCAAAGCUCCCAAGCCAGAAGGCAUGGGCGGCGGACCGCCAUUCCCUCCCGGCGGUGAAAGAGGCCGAGGCGGAAUGGGAAUGCGAGGAGGCCGAGGCAUGGACCGCGGCGGUCCCGGUGGUCCGGGAGGCUUCCGUGGAGGCUGGGGAGGAGAUCGUGGCGGAUUCAGGGGAGGCGAUCGUGGAUUCAGGGGUCGCGGCGGCAUGGACAGGGGAGGUUUUCGCGGUUCCGGCCGUGGUGGGCCACCCAUGGGUGGCAGAGGACGAGGAAUGGGCCCGCCAGGUGGCAAGAUGGACAUGAGGGACCAUCGCCAGGAGCGCAGAGACCGACCAUAUUGA